GCACUCCGAGCUCUCUAGAAGAGUGUUAGACACUGCUACUAUUGAUUCAGUCCUGACAGGCAGCUGUGUCUCACACCACACUCUCAACUCCACACACCUAGACAACUCACUGCACUCAGCCAUGGCUGUCUACCACAAGGAGUUCGAACAAGCUGGAAAGAAAGCAGGCCUCCAGAUCUGGAGGAUCGAGAAGAUGGAGCUGGUUCCAGUGCCAGAAAGGCUGCAUGGGAGCUUCUAUGUAGGGGAUGCCUACUUAGUCCUUCGUACAGUCAAACAGAAAAGUGCCUGCUUCUAUGAUCUGCACUUCUGGUUGGGUAAUGAGUGCACUCAGGAUGAAAGCACAUCUGCAGCCAUAUUUACAGUACAACUAGAUGAUUAUUUGGGGGGCAAGCCAGUUCAAUACCGUGAACUCCAGGGCUGUGAAUCCACCGCUUUCACCAGUUACUUUAAAGGAGGGAUCACAUACAAAGCAGGAGGAGUGUCAUCAGGGUUCCAGCAUGUGAUCACCAAUGACCUCAGUGCCAAGCGUCUCUUCCAUGUCAAGGGCCGGCAUGUUGUCAGGGCUACAGAAGCACCUCUGGACUGGGCCAGCUUCAACAAGGGCGACUGUUUCAUAGUGGACCUGGGUGCAACUAUCUACCAGUGGUGUGGCUCAAUGUGCAACAAGUUUGAGCGUCUGAAAGCAGCCCAGGUUGCUGCAGGCAUUCGUGAUAAUGAACGUAACGGCCGAGCUCAAAUUGUAAUUGUAGAAGAGGGAAGUGAACCCAAGGAGCUGAUUAAGGUUCUUGGUAAAAAGCCAAACCUUGCAGAUGGUGAUGAUAAUGACGACAUCACAGCUGAUAUAUCUAACAGAAAAAUGGCAAAACUUUACAUGGUAUCUGAUGCCAGUGGAAAAAUGCAAGUGACACUUGUAUCAGAAGAGAAUCCUUUUUCUCAGAGUCACCUGUUGACCGAAGAGUGCUUUAUUUUGGAUCACGGCAAAAGCAAGAUGAUCUUUGUAUGGAAGGGCCGCAACGCAAACCCCAGUGAAAGAAAAGAAGCUAUGAAGACAGCCGAGGGCUUCAUCAAACAGAUGGGUUAUCCUGCAAACACACAGAUUCAGGUGCUUCCAGAAGGAGGAGAGACUCCCAUCUUCAAGCAGUUCUUUAAGGAUUGGAAAGAGAAGGACCAGAGUGAAGGACUGGGCCGGGUCUAUGUCACCGAACGGAUUGCUAGGAUUCAACAGGUGCAGUUUGACGCUUCUAAACUUCACGAAUCUCACCAAAUGGCAGCCCAGUAUAACAUGGUGGAUGACGGAACUGGAAAAACGCAGAUUUGGAGGGUGGAAACCGGUAAUAAAAAAGACACCAAAGUUCCCAUAGAUCCAAAGACAUAUGGGCAAUUCUAUGGGGGGGACUGUUAUAUCAUUUUAUACACCUACGGAAAAGGGCAAAUCAUCUACACCUGGCAGGGUUCCAGCAGUACGAUAGAUGAGCUGACUGCUUCAGCCUUUCUCACUGUUGAACUGGACAAGUCACUGGGUGGAAGCGCAGUCCAGGUCCGGGUGACCCAAGGAAAGGAACCUGCACAUUUGCUGAGUCUGUUCAAAGCCAGACCUCUGGUUGUGUAUAAAAAUGGGACAUCCAGGCAAGGAGGGCAGAAACCUUCACCUUCAACCCGGCUAUUUCAAGUGCGCAGAAACCUGGGUACAAUCACACGCAUAUCUGAGGUUGAUGCCAUAGCAGCUAGUUUGAACUCCAAUGAUGCCUACCUAUUGAAGGUGCCUCAGGGGAAUGGGUAUCUAUGGGUAGGGAAAGGGGCAAGUGAAGAAGAGGAACGUGGAGCUGAAUACAUGGGUGAGCUGCUGCAGUGUCGCCCCCAACAUAUUACAGAGGGAAAGGAGCCAGAGGCGUUCUGGAAUGCUCUGGGUGGACAAACCAAGUACCAGACAUCGGAGAAGCUGGAGAGCAAAAGCACAGUACGGCCUCCUCGUCUGUUUGCCUGCUCCAACAAAACAGGAAGAUUCAUUAUUGAAGAAGUGCCUGGUGAGUUCACCCAGGAUGACCUGGCAGAGGAUGAUGUCAUGCUACUGGAUGUCUGGGAUCAGGUGUUUAUCUGGAUUGGAGCUGAUGCCAAUGAAGUGGAAAGAACAGAGUCAGUAAAGUCGGCCAAGGCGUAUAUUGACACAGAUCCAUCAGGACGGGAUAAGAGGACACCCAUAGUCAUAGUGAAACAGGGCCAUGAGCCCCUUACCUUCACUGGGUGGUUCCUGGCAUGGGACUCAUCCAAGUGGCAGACCAGGAGCACAAACUGAAGACACAGAAUGUCAUUUUAAGCUCAGGGAAGCUGUAUGACUGUGUAUGACAUCUAGGUAAAAACAGGCUAUGCCUUAAAACUAACAUCCCAAUCAUGCCUGUAUGUUAAAACAGUACCUCCGCCUUGGUUACCUUUCAUCAUUGCUGGAUUGGUGCAUUUCUUUUCUACCAUCACUGGGCAUCAUUUACCUGUAAAGAUGCAUGAAAUAAAUUAUUAUUCUAAAAGCUCAAAAUAUUAAAGGUAAUACGAUGGUUCUUAAUUUGCAAUUAUGCACUUUAAAGCUUAAAUGUGCAGGAAAUGUAUGUUAGUACACUACCGUUCAAAAUUUUGGGGUCACUUUGAAAUGUCCUUAUUUUUGAAAGAAAAGCACUGUUCUUUUCAAUGAAGAUCACUUUAAACUAAUCAGAAAUACACUCUAUACAUUGCUAAUGUGGUAAAUGACUAUUCUAGCUGCAAAUGUCUGGUUUUUGGUGCAAUAUCUCCAUAGGUGUAUAGAGGCCCAUUUCCAGCAACUCUCACUCCAGUGUUCUAAUGGUACAAUGUGUUUGCUCAUUGCCUCAGAAGGCUAAUGGAUGAUUAGAAAACCCUUGUACAAUCAUGUUAGCACAGCUGAAAACAGUUGAGCUCUUUAGAGAAGCUAUAAAACUGACCUUCCUUUGAGCAGAUUGAGUUUCUGGAGCAUCACAUUUGUGGGGUCGAUUAAAUGCUCAAAAUGGCCAGAAAAAUGUCUUGACUAUAUUUUCUAUUCAUUUUACAACUUAUGGUGGUAAAUAAAAGUGUGACUUUUCAUGGAAAACACAAAAUUGUCUGGGUGACCCCAAACUUCUGAACGGUAGUGUAUAUAAAAGGUGUACUCUGGAGCGUACCCUCUCAAAGACAAGGGGGGAAGUACACUUUUUUCCCCCAAAAAAUGUUUCCUUCAGCUUUUUUAAAAAAUUGAACUUGCAUGGAUUAUUCUUCUCUGUAUUGCCUAAUGUGUCAGAUUUAUGGGAUUGUGAUACUGCUUAAUAAAAUGCAAAAAAAAAAAAAAUCAAUUAAAAAUGUAAAACUGA